UGUCCUGGAUUUGCGUGGCCGAGAGGGGUUAUGCCGUGUGCAGUGCAGCCCGAUGUAGAGUUACGUAGUGUAAUCAUUGAUUUUGAUGCUUCUAGUCGUUUUCCCCAUAAGAUAGAACGGCUUGCUGUCUCUUUGAAGUACACCACUCGAUUCAGCCGACAACGUACUGCCAAAUGGACGCUGCUCAGCUGGAUGGCAUCUACUCAUUAUUUUCUAGCUUGCAGUUUGACUGACACGAUUUUGGUUUGGUUUAGAGAGAAUUAGAAUUUACUAUCAAGAGGGAAAACCUUUGAAGGUGAUUCUAGCGUAUUUGGCUGCGAAUCACGUUGUUCAGAGGUGACUAAGAACGCUUACUUAUUUACUUGCAAACCUCUAUUUGGCAUUGCAAUCUAUGACGAGAUGGAGGUUACAUCUGAUGACUCUUUUACAGUUUAUGAGAGCUGGACACACAAUGACAGUGCUGUAGGAAAAGGUGAAGAGCCUGGACCAGCGUAUGGGUCCCCUGGUGCAAUCCAGUCCCAUCACACAGCAACUGCGACCACAUCUGUAGCAGUACAAACAUCAAUUCAUUUGUCAUACAAGUCUUUAGGAGUUCAGACUGAUGAGCAGCAAGUGAAUGCCACAUCUGAUGCUGACAGGAAGACAGAAUCACCUUUAGAUAGUUUGUGUGUCAAGCUAGAAGUGCAGCCAAGUACCAUUCAGAUUGGAAAGCAGCCGGGUAAAGGAAAUUUUGGCACAGUGUAUGAAGCAAAGUGGAGUGGGUCCAGAGUUGCCAUUAAAAUAAUUCAAUUUGAGCAAGUAAAAAUUUUCCCAUUACACCUGAGAGAGAAAUUUCAGUUUUAUUUUAACGGACCAAGUCUCUUUCGAGCUCUGUUUGCACAGACUUCAAACUUGCAGAUAGAUGCCCAUACUUAUCAUCCCUACUUAGCAGACUAUGGGCUGGCUUGUACCAGAGAAAUAACAAGCAUGGGCACAGCAGCAGUGAUGGGAACAGCAGCUUACUCUGCUCCAGAAGUCUUUGAUUGCGACUAUUCCACACAAACGGACAUAUGGGUGUUAGGGUGUGUGCUGUAUGAACUCCUAACAGGAUGUUUCAUUUGGAAUGAAAUCAACAGAAAGCCAAUGGCCAUUCAAUGGCAUUUCUUUUAUGCCAGAGGACCAGAUAUUUCUAGAGUUAUGCCAUCAGUUGCUAAAGAUGUUGUUGCAAGUUGCUUGCAGAUCAGUCCUGAAAAACGACCUUCUGCAGACUCUGUAGUCUCUAAGCUCACAGAAAUUAACCUUCCAGAAUAA